CAACAAAGUCUUCUCCUUCUCCUUCUCCUUUUCUCCCUCCCUCCCUCCCUCCCUCCCUUAACAUUCCCAAUUCCGUAAGUUUAGACCCAGUUGAAUAUUUCUACGCUUCAUUUCUCAAUCUUCCUCGUCGAUCAUUCCAGUCAUGAUUCCUGAAUAUGAUUAUCUUUUCAAACUUUUGCUCAUUGGAGAUUCCGGCGUUGGCAAGUCAUGCCUUCUACUGAGAUUUGCGGAUGAUUCUUACAUUGACAGCUACAUAAGUACCAUUGGUGUUGACUUUAAAAUUCGAACGGUGGAGCAGGACGGGAAGGUUGUCAAACUUCAAAUCUGGGACACUGCUGGUCAAGAACGCUUCAGAACAAUUACAAGUAGCUACUACCGUGGUGCCCAUGGCAUUAUCCUUGUCUAUGAUGUCACGGACCAAGAAAGCUUCAACAACGUCAAGACCUGGCUGCAAGAAAUUAAUAAAUUUGCAGUUGGAAAUGUGAACAAGCUCUUGGUUGGAAACAAAAGUGACUUGGCUGACAAGAAAGUGGUCUCUUCUGAAGCUAGCAAGGCAUUUGCCGAUGAGCUAGGUAUUCCAUUCUUGGAAACGAGCGCCAAAAAUUCGACCAAUGUAGAGCAGGCAUUCAUGACUAUGGUUGCAGAGAUAAAGAACAGGAUAGCUACGCAACCAAUGAGUGCCAACAAACCAUCCACCGUGCACAUGCGCGGACAGCCGGUCUCCCAAAAGACCACCUGCUGCUCAUCCUGAUUUGUCAGUCAAGGACGAGUAUGUUCUUGAUGGUGGUGGAAGUUACACAAAGAUUUGCAGAACAUGCGGUUUGUGCAUUGGAACCUUUAGCAAGCCAACUUAUAAUAUGUACAGCAGAUGUUCAUGAUACUUCGUUCCGCCUUCAUCCGUUCGUUUAGAAAUUCAAGAAAUUAUUCGAAUAAUUUCAUCAACGACACAGUUCAUUGUAAUGUCAUACUAUCACAGAUCACUUUAUGUUUAUCUAUAUUCAUUUUAUUGGAUACAA